GCCGGCUGCAGCAAUUUUCCCUCUAAAGCUGGAGCCGGUCCAGACGGCCAGACAGAAGCCCAGAAGGCCAGCCCGUGAAGGAGGAAGAGCUAAAGUCGUUUGCGGUUGACUUUGAUAACAAGGAUCAAGCGCCUGCUGUGGGGCCUUUAGCACCCCUAAUGCGCUGUCGUUCGGCGACGCCACCACCGCUGGCCAGCAGCCAAAGCAGAUGCCCAAUCUUGAUGAUGCCGAUCGCCGGUCGUGCGGGCGGCACAGGAGCCACCAAAUCGAGCUGUAGGGUCGCUCUAGAAGGAGAAGGACACCCAGCUGAAGGCGGAAAUAUUGCCGGACAGUCCGGAGCAGAAGGCUCUGGUCAAGGAGAUGAAGCGAGUUGAGCUUCAGUUGCAGAAUCUGGACAGAAAGACCCUGAAGAACGAGAACGAGGUAAAUCGUCAGCAAUAUCUGUGCCUCGCCUUUGCGCAACAUCAGCCUGCCUCACCAAGAUGGAGCAGAAUAACACCAGCAUUCAAAUGCUUCACUCAGCCUUGGGUCUCCGCCAAGCGCCGCGGCGCUGUCGUAACUGUUUGCCGAGGAUCCAUCCAUGAUCCGAUCCGGGCAAUCAGUCGUCGGGCGUUCAGAACGCCAUUAUUCUUCAUUCUUGAUCAUUUAUUUUUUAUUCCAAAAUAUGUUUCUCAGCCAUUUAGUGGAUCUUUGCGCCCUUCCGUCACGUAUUCAUUCUGCAUGAGUACUUUUGCUGCGAGUCCAAUCACGAUCGCAGUCACGGAAAAGCAAAAGAUGAUCUGCGGCUUUGAGCCUCAUUCCUUUCUCUCCUUUGAGCUGGUCUCGUAUUUCGUGGCGCAACUCGGGUAUCAGCUAGAUCCAUAUUCGGUUUUGGAUCUAUCCAUAUGGAGCUGAUUCCCAAGCUACGCGACGAGAUGCGAGAGGAGCUCAAAGUCAAGAUAAAGGAAAGAGGAACAAAGCCACAAAUCAUCUAGUGCUUUUUCCUGGCAGGGAUCGAGGCUGGAUUCGCGGCGACAGUACUUCUUCAGAAUCAGUACGUGACUGAAGUGGGUCUAGAUUCCAAACCGAAUUAAGAUCUAGAUCCAAAACCAAAUAUAUGGAUCUAGAUCCAUGUUCGCUUUUGGAUCUAGAUCCUGAUUUAAUCCCACCCACUGAUUAUUUUUUUGUUUCUUGUUUCUUGUAUUUGGAAAUGUCAUGCCUCUGCCAUUUAUGGGUCUAAAAUGUUUUAGUUCUGAAUAAAGGUCUGCCUGGUACAAAAAGAGCU